AUGUGCAGUAGAGGCCAUUGGAGGCCUGCUGAGGAUGAGAAGCUUCGAGAAUUGGUUGAACGAUAUGGACCUCAUAACUGGAAUGCCAUAGCUGAAAAGCUACAGGCUAGAUCAGGGAAAAGUUGCAGGCUGAGAUGGUUCAAUCAGUUGGAUCCAAGAAUAAACCAGAAUCCAUUCACCGAAGAGGAAGAAGAGAAGCUUCUUGCUUGUCACAGGGUUCAUGGGAACCGAUGGGCUAUAAUUGCCAGACAUUUUCCAGGACGAACUGAUAAUGCCGUGAAGAAUCACUGGCACGUUAUCAUGGCACGAAAAUGCAGAGAAAGGUCUAAAAUUUAUGCCAAAAGAGCUAAUUCACAAGCACGGGAUUGUGAUAUUGAAGAACCCUCCUCAAAGCGCCAAAAGAAAUUGUGCUUCAAUCCUUUAUUUGUAGACAGAUAUACCAAGAGAUUCGAUAGCACACAAACAUAUAACCUGCCACCUCUAUGUUGGCUGGAGCUCCAUUCAUCAGACACUCUUAUUCAUCAUGUGAAGAUCGAUCAAGAGAAAAGUCAGGCAGUGGAGUUCUAUGAUUUUCUACAAGUGAAUACAGAAUCGAAUAAAAGCGAAGUGAUAGACCAUGCAAAGAAAGAUGAUGAUAUUGAAGUUGAGCAGCAGAAAAAUGGCAUACCAUUUAUAGAUUUCUUAUCAGUGGGAAGCUCUUCCUAA